AGUGAGAAUGCAAUACGAUAUUACUAAAUAAGAAACUAGAAUUAAUAAUAUUUUUCCAUAUAUCAGGUAGUUUUCAUGACUCUCCAACUCUCUGGCCCCCCUCUAUAGCCGCCUGCUUCCUUGAAUAUAUUGUCAAACACAAGAUUAAUCAAACACAAAAUAAUCAUGGAUUACUCCAAAAUUAAACCCAGCAAAAUUCUUGCAACCCUCUCUUUAACGGUAGCAAUCAUAUUUCUUCUCUCUUCAUGGGAGCCCUUAACCUACAAGCGAGACUCGUUUUUACCACUGAAGAAUUCCACCGCAAAAUCUAUGGUAUCUUCAGAGAAAGAUGAGCUGGAGGUAGCGUUGGAGAAGGCGUCAAUGGCGAACAAGACGGUGAUCAUCGCCAUCAUCAACAAAGCUUACGUGGAGCCCAACGACGACGAGUAUCCGUCGAUGUUCGAUCUCUUUCUCGAGGGUUUUUGGGUCGGAGAGGACACUCGUCCGCUCCUUACCCAUCUGGUGGUGGUGUCCAUGGACACCACCGCCCACGAGAGGUGCCUCUUCCGCCGCCUCAACUGUUACAGACUGGCGGCGGAAGGCGAUGGUUUCGCCGGAGAGAAAGUGUACAUGUCGCCUGAGUUUAUAGAGAUGAUGUGGAGGCGGACGUAUUUUCUCGUCCAAGUUCUAAAAAGAGGAUAUAGCUUCAUCUUCACGGAUAGUGAUAUACUAUGGCUAAGGAAUCCAUUAGCAAGGCUGGUGAAAGACGAAUCAGUUGAUCUGCAUAUAAGCACGGAUACCUACAAAGGCGAUGCAUCCUCAACCAGCAGAAACCCUAUCAACACAGGGUUUUACUUCGUCAAAUCGAGCAACAAAACGACGUCGUUGUUCGAGAGAUGGUACGACACGAGGAAGAACUCGACGGGGAUGAAAGAGCAAGACGUGCUGGUGAAACUGGUGCGGCACGGCGUUCUCACAGAACUCGGCAUCAAAGCACGAGUCCUCGACACCCUCUACUUCAGUGGGUUUUGCAGAGACAGCCGCGACGUCAGAUCCGUCGCGACUGUCCACGCCAACUGUUGCCGGGGCAUCCGAGCAAAGGUCGUUGAUUUGAAGGCCGUUUUGAGGGAUUGGAAGAGGUUUAGAGAAGAGGAGCGUGUUUCUACAAAUGCUACUAAUAACUUUAGAUGGUCUAAACAUGUAUCUUGUUCGAAUUCAUGGCGUCAGGGAGCCUCAUAAGUUUUAGACCAUGUUUGGUUGGCCCUUCAUGAAGCUUGGAAAGAGAUUCAAUUAAUUAAAUUUAUUACUUGUUGUUUGAUUUGAA